AUGCAAGAUGUGGCUAGUCUACCAGACCCGGGAAACUUGCCCAUAACGAUCUACGGGUUAACAGUAGCAGAGUCACCAAAGCAAGACGACAGUCAGGUCGAGAGUGCUCCAAAGGUUAACGGUGAAGAGUUGUCCUUCAGUCAAAAGCUUUCAGGCUUCAGAGAUAGUAACGCCGGCUAUGCCAUUGAUUACCUAAAGGACAUCGCCAUGGACCUUGCCUUCAAGCCCGUCACUCAACAAGACAGUGAGACUCACAUUAACAUUGCUCUCGACACAAAGGACGACAGUGCCAGUAUGAAGAUCAUCGCGGUACUGACCAUGGUCUUACAUCCAGCGACGGCUACGUCAAGCUUCUGUGAUAUGAAUUGUUUCAACCUCUCAGACGAAGGGUACUUUCAAUCAUCUCCUAAGACCUAG